AAGUCCAGCACAGGUUUGUUUCACAUAGCGAGUGGAAAAACUCUAUAAUCAAAGCCUCUUUUAUAUAGAUCUGUGGAAAAGUGCAGGAUGCGAGACAACAGUUGCAGAGAGUCCAUAGACCGAAUUCUUCAUGACGCUCCGACUGCGAGGAAAAAUCUUCUGGACAACCACAGCAAUCUGCACAGGGUGGCGGAUUACUGUCAGAACAAAUACUUCAAUGUUGUGUGUCUUUUUUCACAUGAAGGUGGAGAACAGCAGAAGUGUCACUGAAGAGUCUAAAGCUCUUACCACUCAGGCCCUGGCCAGUGUCACAUAUCAGAUCAACAAUCUGGCCACAUCUCUACUGAAGCUUUUAGAUGCUCAGACUGUUCAGCUGAAACAGAUGGAGUCCUCUGUCAACAUGUUGAGUCUGACAGUUGACAUUUACAAAGAGAAUACAGCACGCAGAGAGAUUGGAGUGCUGACCAAGCAGUCAAAGAUUCCUCGAACUCAGAAGAUAGUUCCUCCAGCAGGUGGACUCGAACCAUUUCGAGUGUACAGACGCGCCCCCAUAUCAUACGCUCCAUUAGACAAAGUGGGCCACGGCCACUGGGAAAGUAAUAAAAGUGAAGAUCCAACAGAAACAGACAACAUAGAGAAUUUUCAACAGAUCAGCACACAAGAGACCAGCACCUUCAGCUGGUCUUUUUUGGGUAUUGCAGUUCCUCCUCCAACAGUGCCAGACGGGAUGCUAUUGAACAUCACAGCACCUCCUGACCUUUCUCCUUCUUCGCCAUCUCCUUCGGUCAUUUCUGACAGCUCCCCGUCUCUUCCUCCCUAUGCCUAUCCAGAUUUAUCGAUGCUGCCUCCUCCACCUCCCCCAGAUGAAGAAAUGGGAGACACUCCACCUCCACCCCCACCUACUCUUUUCUCUCCACCUCCUCCUCCCAGUCAGGGCAACGUGGCUAUCACACCACCUCCUCCCAAUCAGGGCAACAUGGCUAUUCCACCUCCUCCUCCACCUCCUCCCACUCAGGGCAACAUGGCUAUUCCACCUCCUCCACCUCCUCCUCCCACUCAGGGCAACAUGGCUAUUCCACCUCCUCCACCUCCUCCUCCCACUCAGGGCAACAUGGCUAUUCCACCUCCUCCACCUCCUCCUCCCACUCAGGGCAACAUGGCUAUUCCACCUCCUCCACCUCCUCCUCCCACUCAGGGCAACAUGGCUAUUCCACCUCCUCCUCCACCACCUUUUUCUAGCUCAACAUAUAGUGGCUUGUCAGGACCCACACCGUCCCCUGCACCUUUCCAAAAUUUCCCUGUGGUGCCACCACCCCCUCCCCCUCCUAAUACCAGUGGAAAAUUUAUACCACCUCCCCCUCCUCCUCUCCCCAAUUUUAAAUGCUGAAUUUAAGCUGCAUGUGUAUAAGUAUAAACGAGUUGAUAUUUUACAGCAUAAUACUAUGAAUAACUUUUUGAAUAAAGCAUAUCAAGGUGUGUAAAAUCUACAUUUAUUCAAUAAAACAAAGUUUACUUACAAUAAACAGAGAACUACUUAAAUCAAUACUUUAUUGUGUAAUUAAUUAUAUUACAUAUAAUAACAUUAAUAUAUCAAAUCGCUUGUUAAGGUAAGGUAUGGAAGUAGGCAGUUUCAGACGCAGCACUUGUCUGUUUUCCUGCCCGUCUUCACCAUUCAUCCUCAUCCGGACUACAUUUCCCAUCAUCCUCUUCACUCUUUCAUCUGAACUGUGUUUGUUAAUAUCCUCACCUGCCAUCAAUCAUCAUCAUCAUAUGUCUACUGUAUAUACAGUAUAUACUAUGUUCUGUCAUUGUUGUUGCGUGUUGCUUUAUGUUAGUGUGUUUAUUCAUAGUCAUUUUCUUUAGUUUAAUAAAUCUUUUAUUUUGAUUACA